AUGGUGCAGGACGCACCCAACGCACUUGCCUCCGACGCCGAUCACCCCGCCCCGCCGUCCCGCCUCCUUUCUAAGCACCGCCCGCGCCGCCGCGCCGCGGCCCCUCGCCCGCCCCUGCCACCACCUGCGCCGCCAGCGCCCGCGCGUGGCCUGCCCGAUCUCAGCCUGUGCCACUGCUGCGGCGUCCGCUUCCCAACGCCCCAGCCGGGGGCCAGGUCCAAGCGCCGCCCGGUCCGUCCACUCAGCUCCCUAUGGCGCGUCGUCCUCCUCUGCGCCGAAUGCCUCUCCCUCGUCCGCUCCGCCGCUGUAUGCUCCUACUGCCUCUCCCUCGACAACCUGCCGCCCGAGGACUCCGCCGUCGUCUGCCGCCGCUGCAAGCGCUGUGUCCACCGAUCCUGUAUCCCCGCCGAACACCGCACGACCGUGAUCCAGCCGGUCGAUGUGGAGGAUUUCCUCUGCGUCGAUUGCUGCCCCACCGUGAGAUCGAAGAACAGGGGCUUCAAUUUGGGGCUGAAUCUGGAGGCUUGCUUCUGGGAUCGUACCUCCGUUGCUGGGGAGAACGCUCUGAGGAAGGCUGCGGAGGUGAAGUUGGCUUCCAAUCGGGGGAACAACGCUGUUGGCAGCAGUGGGCUGGUGGGGAGGAACAGUGGUGUUCCGGUUCUGCUGGACGAAGACUUAGCUUUGCAGCUACACCUGGCAAUGAAUGGAUCACAGAGGAUUUCACGUUCGGGUAAUUCAGCUGGUGGUGGCUCUGCCGAGCCAGGCAAGGGGAAGAAUGAUGGGGUUGGUGGUAGGAUUUGCAACAUAAAUCAGGAGAUUUGCAUAACCAAUAUGAUGGCUCAGCUUGAUGAAGAAGAAGAACCAGGUUGCAACAGGGUUUCAAAGUGCCUUAGGAGUUCUGAUUCCUCUGUCACAGUGGUUCUUGCGCUGGAAUGUGUGAAAGGUAAACACGCUGAGGAGAGCAUGAAAGCUAAAAGAAAAGGUCCUCAUGUGAUUACACAGCAGGAUGAUUUGGUGGAUCCCUAUAAGAAGUAUAGCAAAAGGAGCUCAAGCAAGUUGGCAAAAGAUGGAUAUGUUGAGAGCCGGAACAUGUGUGAUGGGAUGGACAUAGAUGCUGAUCUUGGUGGUAAUGGGGUGGCUCCUAUGAAAUAG